AUGCAGUACGUCAGAAGUAUUAGCGGUUCGGUCUCCAAGACCUGGAAUUCGAUCAAUCCAGCCACCUUGAGCGGAGCCAUCGAUGUGAUUGUCAUCGAACAGGAAGAUGGAACGCUUGCCUGUUCACCAUUCCACGUCAGAUUCGGCAAGUUCUCUUUGCUCCGGCCAUACGAAAAGAAGGUGGAAUUCAAAGUGAAUGGUGUUAAACAAGAUUAUGCGAUGAAACUGGGAGAGGGCGGGGAGGCUUUCUUCGUCUUCCCGACAACGGACGAAAUACCGGAAUCCAUGCAGACGUCCCCUCUGAUAUCACCUAUGGCGAGUCCGAAAAUGCAAAGCGAGGAAAACUUGUCCACUCUUCAGGAACCGGAAUAUCUGGAUUUGGAUCAUUCUAAAGGAGCUAAUCAUCCUCCGUUGGUGUCUCGCACCGCUCGGGCAACCAGCGAUCUGGGCUUAGUUACACCAGUAUCACAGUCUGAUGAACCUCCUCCAGAGCGGCCCGCCCGAAACUCCUUCGGCGCGGAUGUAAAAUUGGAUCGGGCGGUUUCCGACGGCAUUUUACCCACUGGAAGCCAUUCGCGCAGCACCAGUACGGGCGAUUAUAGUCUCCAGCUACAGCGGCCUGCAUCAGCCAGUUCAAACGAAGAUCCGGAUCUCAUCCGUCGAUCCCAAAGUCCACCUCCAAUCUCUCUAAAAGAGGCUGUCUCACGUGCGAUGUCAUUGUCCCAGAAACUAUCUACGUCGAAUAUACCCUCCCGUGUUACUGACAGCGGCGACCUCAUGCUGGACAUGACAGGUUACAAGAGUAACGAAGAGGAUGCUCUCCGUGCGGAAGUCGUGGCACGCAAAAUUCUUGCGGAGGAACUGGAAGGGAACUAUGAUAUCGGGGCCCUAAUUGGAGCGGACGAGCAUGGAAACUUGUGGAUAUAUAGUAGCGAAGAGGCUAAAGAGGCCGCCAACCGCCGAGCGACCCUCAACGCCAUGCGGCCCGGCUCCGCUAUGAGCGAGAAUGCGAUUUCUGACCCUGGCUACCAUAGUGACAGCGACAAUUCCCUUCGCGACCCGUCUUUCCAGAUGCGACACCAUCGCGCGAAAUCUGACGUGCAGCCCGGAAUCCCCACGCCGCCGCAAUCGCCCCCGAACACCGCCCCAGCAGAACCGGUUCGCAGCUAUGCAAAGACGCUACGGCUCACAAGCGACCAGCUCAAGGCACUGAAAUUAAAGCCUGGCAUUAAUGACAUGUCCUUCAGUGUGAACAAAGCCACGUGUACGGCCAACAUGUAUCUAUGGCGCGGAGAUACCCCAAUUGUCAUCUCGGAUAUUGAUGGAACCAUCACGAAGUCGGAUGCCUUGGGUCACGUGCUGAAUAUGAUCGGUCGAGACUGGACUCACGCUGGUGUGGCCAAGUUGUAUACCGACAUUGUCAACAACGGUUACAACAUCAUGUAUCUCACCAGUAGAUCCGUUGGACAAGCAGAUACCACUCGCUCGUAUAUCUAUGGCGUUUGCCAGGACGGAUACAGGCUUCCGAAAGGCCCUACGAUCAUGAGUCCGGAUCGAACGAUGGCGGCGCUUCGAAGGGAAAUCUACUUGAGGAAGCCCGAAGUGUUUAAGAUGGCGUGCUUGCGGGAUAUUCUCGGCCUCUUCAACGGGAAAGAGAAUCCUUUCUACGCGGGCUUUGGCAAUAGGCUUACGGACGCUCUCAGCUACCGAUCUGUGAACAUCCCGUCCAGCAGGAUCUUCACAAUUAACUCGAACGCGGAGGUUCAGCUGGACCUUUUAAGCUUGAACAAGUACAAGAGUAGCUAUGUCUCUAUGCGUGAGCUGGUGGAUCACUUCUUUCCUCCAGUCAGCUUGCUGGUUCAAGCUGGCGGUGAAGAAUAUACCGAUUUCAUGUAUUGGAGGGAUGUUCCUCGAGAUUUUGACGACAUAUCAACGACAGAUAGCGAGGAUGAAAGCCAAGCCGACGAAGAGGAAGAAGUAGACAAUGAAUAUGACGGCGAGCUGAGCGACGACGGUAGCGAACUUGACGAUGACGAAAUUGCUGAGGAAGAGCUUGGGGCUAGUUUCGUCUCCCAGGCUACGGACUCGUACGAGGAAGCCGAGACACAGAGCGUGGCUUCAGACGAUGAGGAAGAUUUUGAGGAUGAAGAAGAUGACGAAGGGCCCGAAGUCGCAGUCCGCGGGAAGGAUUGACUCCGUCCACUCCCCGCCGGUGAGGAUUGAACAUAAGACUUGACAUAUGUGACGAUAUUCAGGCAUUCCCAAGGUUGGGAGACUGCUAGACUAUUGCAUUAACGGUGUUUUUGAUUUGGCAAACCUAUAAUGGCGUCGAUGGUUGCAUAUCAGCGUUGGUUAUACUUAUUGGCAACUGUACUUUUACUAGAGCAAUAAUAUGGCUAUAAUAGAU